CUCUCUCUUUUGCUCUCUCUCUCUCUCUCUCUCUCGCUUUUGUUUUCUCUCUCUCUCUCUCCAUCCUAUAUCGUUGUAUCUGGACAGUGUGGCCAUGAUGAGUGAAAUCGGAACUUUCAGAAAUCUGAGGAUCCCUGCUCAUCGCUGUCUGAUGAGAUGUCCUUCUUCCUGUUAUAGAGAGAGAGAGGAGAGAGGAUAUAGAAGUGUUAUUCCAGUCCAGCACUGCAUCACACUGCUCAGCCUGCACUCCACUCUCUCCUCUCAUCAUGAACCUGCUAGUAGUCUGUCUGUGCUAUGCCGUUUUGGAGCUCUUGGCAGUCAAUUGUCAGGAGGUCAUACAGGACCGUAUAGUCGGAGGUUACGCUCCAGCACCCAAUUCCAUCAAAUACAUUGUGUCCUUACAGACCACCAAGGGACAGCACUUCUGUGGCGGAUCGCUAGUGCACAAGUACUGGGUGCUCACAGCCGCUCACUGUAACAUAGGGACAGAUCAGAUGAUGAUUGUGGCAGGGGACUACUCUCUGAGUAUGUUCGAGGGAACGGAGCAGUAUUCCAAACCUCACAGAAUUAUCCCCCAUCCUCUGUACAACAAGACCACCAACAAUGCUGACAUCAUGCUCAUCAAGCUGAGGGUUCCCAUGGUGAUGGGUAGCUAUGUGUCCCUGGCACCCCUCCCUCGGCAGGGUACAGGGGUUAUGGCGGGGCGUGUGUGUCGUGUGUCGGGGUGGGGGUACACCUCUCUGGGAGGGGGUCAGAUCCCCUCCACCCUGCGGACUGUCAAGCUGCCCAUCGUGUCAUCGGCCAGGUGCAACAGCAGCGAGUCUUUCAAUGGGAACAUCACCUCCAACAUGAUCUGUGCCGGAUACAAUGCUGGGGGCAAGGACGCAUGCAAGGGAGAUUCCGGCGGGCCGCUGGUGUGCGAGGGGCGUGUCUACGGUGUGGUAUCAUGGGGAAACGGCUGCGGAGAUGCCAAGUUUCCGGGCGUUUACACAGCGGUGUCCAAGUUCCGGCGGUGGGUCGACAGAACCAUCUACAGCUCCUACACACGCUGUCUGAAGUAUUAAAGAGAAGUAGAGUGGGGGAGGGAGAGAGGGAAAGAGGGGGAGAGGUAGAG